AUGAAUCCAACCAUGUACUCCCGUCUCCCCCGAGCAAUUCUCUCCCCCGCCGCUGCAACUGUCGCCCGUCCCUCCCUCCGCGUCGGUGCCCGCUUCGCAACAGCAACACCAUUCCAGCUUCAACCUCAACCUCAACCCCAGCUCCCCCGUCGAUGCUUCCACGCCACCUCAGCUCCCCGUAAAGGCAUCUUCCCCGACUCUGCAGACCCUCCAGCUCCGCACCCUGAAUCCAGCAAUGUCGCCGGCGCAGCCACCCACGUCACCGAGCCUUCCCCGUUGACGGACGCGCAGUACCACGACCAUGCGGAGCACUACCUGGAUGUGCUGCAGUAUGAGAUCGAGAAGGUCCAGGAGGAGGGAUCGGAUAUUGAAGCUGAAUAUAGUGCCGGCGUCAUGAACAUCAGCGUCCCCGGGGUAGGCACCUACGUGCUCAACAAGCAGCCCCCCAACAAGCAAAUUUGGUUGAGCUCGCCGAUUUCCGGCCCCAAGCGGUACGAUUGGGUGGUGGAGGGUGAUCAAAUGCAUGAGAAGCAGGAGUCCAGGCCGUUUAUUAACGGGCAGUGGAUCUAUCUCCGCGAUGGGUCGAAUCUCACGGAUUUAUUGAACCAUGAGUUGACCCUCAACUUGCCGAAGGAUGUGUACAGUGAGGUUCUGGAGUAG